AUGGAGCCGUCGACGUCGGCCGGCCUGCACCACACUCCGGACAACAUAAUUUAUUUGAUUUUGCGGGAAAUGGGACGAACCGAUCUGCUCAAAUGUAAGCUGAUCUCGCGCCGCUUUCAACGCAUCAUUCGCCACAAUGCCGCCUUUUUGGCUAGACCGGUGGUUUCGGAGCUGUUGUAAGUUUGACUUUGACUUUUUACUCUUCUAUAAAACCCUUUUAUCAAAAAAUAUUCCAGAUUUUAGCAAUUUUUAGCUAGAUUUUGAUAAAAACCAGAAAAAAAUUGUUUGAAUUUUUUUGCGUAUAUUUAUAAAAAUUUUAGCCAGCGCUUUGCAGAAACCAGCAAGAUUAUAAAGCCGGAAGUUUGCAAAAAUUUGACAUAGUUCAUAAUACUCAUCCAAAAACAAAUUUUUAGCGUUCAAAUGCGCGAAGCCGAGCUCCGUUCCACAAAAACUGGGAAAGUUGUCAAGACCUCUCGACAUCAUUGUAUUCAGCUUCGCAAAAAAAUGCAACAUUCCAAAAGUCGGAAAUACCUCAACAUAAAGAAUGAAGACUUUCUAAACGGGCUGGAAACGGCGCUCAAAUCAUAUUCGAUCUCCAAAACCAUCACUUUGGAUGGGAUUGAAAUCAACGCUCAAGUUUUGAGCGAAUUUAUCCGGCCAACCUCGGAUUUUCGGUAAUUUUUAUUAUUUUUUAUGCAAACCAUCAGUGCGUCGGGAAAAUAAUGAGCAUAAUGUCGCAUCGAAAAUCGCAUCGCCACUGAGAAAAUUAAUCUCAUUUUGCCGCGGCAAAAUUCAUUUUCUCGGUGGCGAUGAGAUUUUCAAUGCGACAUUGCGCUCAUUAUUUUCCCGACAGAUUGAAUAUGCAAGCUUUUAUUAGAGGUUCUAUGCGAACUGUAAGUCACGUUAAACCCUUAACAUUUUUCUUUUCAGAAACGUUGAGAACGUAAAUUUUGUUUUGGCCUGCUUCAAACAGACCAAUCAUCUGUUGGAGAGGCUUUUGGAAGGGACCAAUUGCCGGAAUUUGAGCUUUGAAUUUUGCAGUGAUGUCCAGAACGUGAUCAAUGAUACGGUAGGCACAUGAAAAAAUCGCUUAAAUCCUAUUCAUUUUUGGUUUAUUUUUGAAAAUUUUGCCAAAAAAUGAAAAAAUUUUUAUCAACUUUUUCCCCCAAAACACGUGUUUACUAGGCUCACAACGGCCAAAAAGUUUUCGUAUUUUACCCCUCUCUGAUUGCGCAAUAAAAUCGAUGGCAAUAAAAUCGCCGAAUCACCUCGGAAUCCCGGCAAAAAUCUCGAGUUUUUAUUGUUGCUGGGAAUUGGGCGGCGAAUUUGUUUGAUCUCCCCGGGUAAUCCACUUUUAUGACAUGUACAUACAUAAAACUUGUUGAGGGAUAAUUUGUAGACCCAGAAUUUUAAAACUGGGAAAAUUUUCUUUACUUGGGUUACUGUAAUUUUUGGGGCCAAAAAAUUUUCAAUAAUCUCAAAAUCAAUUCAUCACACCUAUAAUCAUUGUAACACAAUCUUACAAAGCCUUUUUUCAGCUGUUUAAAUCAAUUCAGACCCUCGAAAGCCUCAAUAUUGUCCUUGCCGAGCCAGUCAGAUUGGUUUAUCUGACAAAUUCAAGUCUAGAUCGAUGGACCGAUCAAGACGAACUCCCGACCCGAAUCAAACUUGAUAAUUCGACCACUGGCUUCACUGUGGAUGGAAUUUUCAAGCUGAUUCAGGUGAGACUCAUCGAAAAUUUUCAUAUUUUUAACAGUCACCAUGUAUAACAUCAAAUUUUUGCAAGUUUUUUUUCAGAAGCUAAUCCUGGCCUAUCAACAGCAAAAAAUGAAGUCGUCAAUCGACUGGUCAUUCGGCAGAAUAGAAGCUUCUCCAGCAGACCUAUUAUCCUAUAUUCAGCGACCUUCAACCCGGCCACCCGGUUAUAAUCUUCGACUACGGGCUGUGCAAGCGAAUCAUAUCCGAGCUUGGGUGGACAUAGACUCGAAACAGGGCCCAGUGAUCGAAUCCACACCUCUGGCCGAGCUCGAAAAGCUGGCCAGAUUUGGAUCCGCAGCCAAAACGGAGCACUCCUGUUUAAUCACAUUUGAUGUCAUUACUCCAAAAGUAUAA